AUGUCUGCUUUUGAUAUGACAAACCAGCACGCCCAGCACACAGAGCCUGAGAUGGACUCUAUCGCCCCCCCAAUGAAACUGAGGGAUGAGAUGUGUGUCUUUAUUGAUGGCAAAUGGAUGAAUGACACCCACUGCCAACCACCCAUUGCUUCCCACCAAAAAUUCUUUGCCAAGAGGUCACAGAACGAGUGGAGCAUCUGGGAGGAGAACAAAGCGCUCUGGGAGGAAAUCCAGCUCCUCCAGGUUGAAAACAGAAUGCUUUGGGAAGAAAACAGGGCUCUACAAUGUCUCCAACCACCAAAAAAAACUGUCCAGGUCAUUUACACUGAUGCCCUCCAGCCAAGACUUCAGCAGCAAAAUAAUCCAUUCCCAUUCUUCCAAGAUGGGAACGUAGGCCUUCAGGUCAGCCCAGGCAAUAAGGCACUAAGGGAAAAGAAGAGAGUCUUAGAGGAUUUCCAGCAGGUGAAUAAACCAAUCCCCAUUAUCUGCAAAGACCAAAAAGCUGUCACAGUCCAGGAAGAGAGCAAAGAUACUGGCUCAGAUCUUCAGGAGGACACUGUCUCCCUCCUAUCCGUGGAAGAGGGUAACCCUGGCCAAAAACCCCAGCAGGAACAUGAAGCUAACAAGAAGAGCACCAGCCCAGACCAGAAUAGGAUCAAAUCAUUCACAAGCACACAGGGUGAAGAUGAGAUCCUCCAGGCUGUCCAGGACUUAUACAAACUCCUCCAUAUCUUCCUAGAAAUGAACCUACUCCAUGGGGAGAAACAGGACUCUCACACUCCCUAUGAUAUGAACAGAUCUUUCCGAGAAGAUUACAAUAAACUGAAGCAGCAGCUGAAGGCUGUGAAAAACACUGUGUCAGAGAUUACAUAUCAAAUGGAAAUGUUGGAAAACGAGCUCAUUGCCAUCACUUGCCCUGCCUAUGAAGCAGUAAGACAGCAGCUGACAACUGAGCAUCAGCUUGGAGAAAUGUGA